CGGUUAGUGUAAACCUAAUUUGAGCUGAACGUUCUCGAUGUUGAUAGUCGUAAUUACAAUGAUAAAGAAGUAGCUUCUUCUAAAAAUAUACUUAUUCAAAACCAAAGCGCACAAACCAUACAAUAUUUCAGACCAAAGGUCUCAAAGACCAUACCCUAUAAAUAGCCUUUAUAGCCCAUAUAAGGGAGUACCCCACCGGACUGCCGUUAGUUCUCUAACUGGAGCUUGUUCUACAGUCCUUUAAACUUCCACAUGAAACAUAACAAGACAAGAAAUAUAUUGCAAUCACUUGCGAUAAUUUUACAGUUUGAGCUUCUAACUGACAGAGAGGAACAAGCCGAAAAUAUAGACGUAAACACGCACAGCGAUGAUUCUAAAACUCAAGAAAUGAAAACAACAGGAAAGGAUACAAGCUCAUCAGGAUUAAGUGAUUGAUAGACAGAGGCGGUCCUUGUGGCGGUCAGCUUGCAGCAGAAGCAGCGGCGCGGUGCGCAUUGGAACAAUAACAAAAAGCACACGAGUAAUAUUCAACUGUGCCCAUAAACAGCGACUACCCCCAAAGGAAUCACCUCCUUAAGCGGUCCUGCGGUCGAGGAACACUUUAAUAACAAGCAACGCGGCCGUGCUCGUCCACGGCAAUGCUGAAUCGACUCUAGCGCUGAAUUGGACCAAACUUCACAGAGUUACUAGUAAAUUUUGCCUGGACUUGCGAUGAAAAUUUUCUCGGCGCUCGCUUGGCCGCUGUUAGUGCUUCUUCACGCGUGGCCGAGUGUGACACUCGCGCUCGAGAAAGCUCUUGUGGAAGUUGUGAUUUACGAGCAUUCUUCUGGAGGGGAUUACACAACGCAUACUUAUGAACUGGAAGGCAAGUUUUCAAACGCAGGAGCUGCCACGAGCGCCGAAGGGGACAUACUUGAGAUUCACCCAUUGGGGCUGUGUAAUACAUCUGAGGAUGGCGAUCUUUAUGAAUAUGGCUGGGUUGGCGUGGUCAAACUUACGCCUCCAGACAGUCUCAAUGAGCCAUGCUUUACGCUUGUUGAGAAGGUCAAAAGAGCAAUGCAACGGGGAGCAACAGCUAUUAUAUUUGAUAUCACAGAUCAUCCAGAAGCUGCAACAGAGUUAAAUGCUGCAACUGACAAAAGUGAACGACCUGUGGUGAUAAUGGAUGGAAAGGAUGCCAAGAAGUUGAUGAAUAUUGUAAAAAACCAAAGAGUUUCAAGGGCAAGAAUUCAAUACAGUGUGGCAGGCUACACUCCUCAGAGAGCCUCCAAUGAAUACUUUGACAUGGUUAUCUUCAUGACUUUUUUCAUUCUGGUCUCUAUCAUCUGUUUUAUCUUACUCUUAAAGAUUAAAUGGAGACAAAAGCAAAAGGAGUCCUCUCUCACAAGAAUGGCUUUACAUGCAUUAUCAAGAAUGGAGACUAGGAAGUACCAUGUAGAGUCAUCAGAUUCGUCAAGUACACGAGAAGAAAAUGGCAACAUUAGCGACACUGAGAGUACACUGUCAGCACAGUCUGAUGGAACCAAUUCCAAGUGUGUUAUAUGCUUAGAAAAAUUUAAAGAUGGCCAGGAUGUCAGAAUAGUUCCCUGUCGGCAUGAGUUUCACAAAGAUUGUGUAGACCCGUGGCUGUUAUCAAAUUACACAUGCCCCUUGUGUAUGCUCAAUAUAGUAGAGAGAGAGGGGACAACAAAUAAGCCAAGGAGAGCUCGUCAUUGGUUUACAAGACGUUGCGGGAGAUGUCUGUCUAAUGCGGAUAGCAUUCGUUCAUCAAUGAGUAGUAUAGCGCAAUACAUACCCGAAACUCCAACACACAAUUCAACGCAAAAUUUAUCCACUGGCGCCGAUAGCAAUGAAAGCAAUUCUCAGUCAUGUACUGUAGUGAACUUAUCGUCUUCGCAAGGACAAUUAGAAAGGAAUAGUAUAUCUCUACAAGAACUGAGAACGGACUCCGAAAAUCGCGCUUCAUCAGCGUCUCUAAGGAGUGUUAGUUCGCAAGGAUAUAUGUCACCAUACGAGGAAAGAAAAAGUUACACCCACCAGGUUGUGGUAGUGGCUCCAAUUACAGCCGACAUGCUGGAUGUGUCGCAAGAGGACAUAGUAUGACCCACUACUCUGUACGUGCAGCCGAAUCAGGACAAUGAGGCUGCGCUUUUUAACAAAGAGGAAAGAAAAUUUAUUAGCAGAACGCUUAGUUGUAAAUAUACAGAGUACAUUGGACUAUAAAUCUAUUUUCGGAGUUCUUUUUUUCCUGAUCCAUCUUAUUUAAUAGAUUUAACAUUGACGAAUUUGAAUUGCUUAUAUGGAGAAAAAUUAAAGUUAUCUUUUGCUUUAA